CGAUCGCAUCGUGCAAAUAACGGUCAUUUUUUCUUUUUUACCCCGAUUUACUAAAAAAGAAUCAAACAAUCGAUCUUUUUUAUAUAAUUGUUUCAAUUUAAAUUUUUUUUUGUGCAACCUAAGUAACCAUGAAAUUGCUUGCACUUUUUGCUGUGCUCGCCGUCGCAAGUGCUGAUGUCUCGCACUUGAUCGAUGGUUCAAAAGAUGGAUACAGCUAUCCAAAACCACCAACAAAAUUGUGCCCGGACGGAUCGGUUCGCGAAGUCUGUGAUAUUCCUCGUCCUGUGUGCCCGCCAGGAACUCAAGGAGUUUAUCCCGAUUGCCAAACGCCACGUUGUGCUCCAGGAUUGAUCGGUCAAUAUCCAAAUUGCUAUCCACAACCGACUACUCCACGGCCGACACCGCCACCACAAUGUCCACCAGGCCACCAGGGAUCAUACCCAAAUUGCUUUACAACCACGCAAAGGCCAAUAACGACCACACAACGCCCGGUCUGUCCACCAGGCACACAGGGUUUCUAUCCAGAUUGCUACACAACCACUCAAAGGCCGAUUACAACUCCAGCUCCCCGUUGCCCAUCCGGCACCACCGGAGUGUACCCUAAUUGCCAAACACCUCAACUCAUGGAAAAGUAG